ACGAUGAACUUCAAGAUGACCCAAAAGAAGUUAAAGCCGCUUUAAGGAAAGAAUUCGACAAAGAAUCGAUUGACCAUGAGAAAGCUGUCGAGGAAUUACGAGGUUUAAGGCGAAAAGGCGGCGAAACACCAGCACAGUUAGCGUGGAGAAUCGAAAAGUUGAUGGCGAAGGCUUACCCGGAGUUAUGCGCGUCAACACACGGAUCGGCAAAGAAAACAAAGGAACAAAUGUUACAUGAUGCCUUUUUGGGAGCUAUUGACAAUGCAAUGAGUCGAAAGAUAAAGAGUGACAGUAAACAUCGAGAUUUAAAUUUAACACAACUUUCUGAAGAAUUAGAUCAGCUCGAGCUAACUUAUAAAACAACAGCGCCAAAA